CUCCUCAAAUCAUAUCCUCUGAAAAGAAAACAGAAAGAAAUUAAGAAGAUGGAUUGAUGAUGUGCGCUUUUUUUUCCCCUUUUUUUUUGUUUUGGGUCUCUCAAAAUUCGAUUCAGUUUUCACUUUAUUCAAAUCAUUGGCAGAACAAGAAUCUAGGGUUCCUAAUUUCCCCCGCAACUCUCUCCCUUUUUCAUCUCAAUCGCCUCUUUCUCUUCCAUUUUCCCGCCCCCAUUAUGCUUGAUUUCACCUAGGUUUUUCAGAUUUUGCGAUUUCGCUACCCGUUUUUUCUGUCUACGAUGGAAGAGGUUGAAGAAGCUAAUAGAGAAGCUGUGGAGAGUUGUCAUAAAGUGUUGAAUCUAUUGACUCUCGCGUUGCCUCAAGAUCGUCAAUCCAAGAUUCAGAGUUGUUUAAUGGCGGAAACUGGAGCGGCUGUGUUUAAGUUUAGGAAAGUUUUGUGUCUUCUUAAUUCUUCUUCUUCUGGGUUGGGGCAUGCAAGGGUCAGGAAAAACAGGGUUAAGCCACCCUUCUCUUCCUCUUCCUCCUCUUCUCCUCUUCCCCAAUCCAUGUUCUUACAAACUUCUUCCCCCGAUUGCAGAAUGGACCUUCUCCAGGGCAGGAAUUUGCAUAUGGGUCCUCUUUCUUUGGGGAAUCCAUGUCUGGAAUUGAGCUCAAAUGCUAAAAGUUGUUCAAUCCAACAACCUCAGUCUACUUCCCAUCAUUUUCUUCAGAACAGGAUGUUGUUGAAUAAUCCUAAUCCUAAUGCUCCACAGCCUGAAAUGGUGUAUCUUAGGAGCCACAGUGGUAUUAACUUGAAUUUUGAUAGCUCUAGCUGCACACAACACACAAUGUCAUCCACUAGGUCUUUCAUUUCUUCAUUGAGCAUUGAUGGGAGUGUGGCUAACUUGGAUGGGAGUGGCUUUCAUUUGAUCGGGACGCCCCGAUCUUCCGAUCAGAAUUCACACCAUAGGAGGAAGUGCAGUGGGAGAGGGGAAGAUGGGAGUGUUAAAUGUGGAAGUACUGGGAGAUGUCACUGCUCUAAGAAGAGGAAACAUAGAGUGAAGCGGUCGAUCAAGGUGCCCGCCAUAAGUAACAAGCUUGCAGAUAUUCCUCCUGAUGAUUAUUCAUGGAGGAAAUAUGGCCAAAAGCCAAUCAAGGGUUCUCCUCACCCAAGAGGAUACUAUAAGUGCAGCAGCAUGAGAGGUUGUCCAGCGAGGAAGCACGUCGAGAGGUGUGUCGAGGAACCGUCAAUGCUCAUUGUUACAUAUGAAGGUGAACACAACCAUCCCAGAAUAGCUUCUCAGUCUGAAAAUACUUGAGAUUGAAGGUCAUGAUGAAGAGAAUCUCCAUGCGGAGCAGCGUCCCCAGUGUUUGUUUGUGUACAUAUGGAGUACUUUUGGAGCAGGUUUUGUAGCUUUUUGAGAGGUGGGUUUCAUUGCAAAAGCCUCUUUUUAAUCAGAUUAGGCAAGAAGUCAGAAUUUAGAAAAGCUCUGUGGGUUAGGGUGUGGCUGUAAAAUCUUGUAAACUUUCAUCCAAACAAGCUUUGUUCUAAAUUAAUGGAGGAAUCCUAAUUUGGAAAUUCGGGUUUUUUGAA